AAGCCCUGGAGGCUGCUCAGACAUGAGUCGGCACCAGCACGGCUGCUGCCGGUACCGAGAGGUGCCGACUCCGGUAGGAGGCUGCGAGGAGCGAUGCACGGGGACGGCUGGCACCGGUACCGGGAGAUGCAGGCGGGUACCGGUACCGGGAGGUGCCCACUCCGUGAGAGUCUCCAAUGGCUGGUGCGACCGGCGCCGGGAGGUGUUAAUCUGGUAGCGCUGGUGCCGGUACCGGGAGGUGCUGGUAUAGAGCAGGAGCCUUCAGGCACCGAUCAUGCGUGAACCAGCCCCAUUGCGGCUGUCACCCGUACCGACAGGACCCGAGGAGCGACCACGCAUCAUCCGACACCGGCCCCGCUCCGUGUGCCGGGCGGUUCGGUCCUGGCAGCUCCCGGUGCCGCUCCUCUGCAUGCGCCCCUCGGCAGCCCCAUCCCCGGGAGCGAACCGCACUCCGGGAACCGAUUUUGGGCUCCGCGGAGCACCGGCUGUCUGCCAUCCACCACCUCACAGUUCCAACCUUCAGGCUUUGAAUAAUGUUAGGAAGCACGGCUGCUUUAAUUUUAUUUUGGAAGGACCUUUUUUUUGCAGAAGGUGGAAGGACACUCUCCCAGGAAGCAGCUGCCCGGGUGUUGGUAUGGCCAGCUCCCGGCCUCCCAAGUACCUCCUGGUCUUCGAUUUUGAUGAGACCAUCAUCAAUGAGAACAGUGAUGACUCCAUCGUGCGUGCAGCUCCGGGGCAAGCACUGCCUGAGCACCUCAGACAGAGCUUCCGUGAGGGCUUCUACAAUGAGUACAUGCAGCGCGUCCUGGCCUACAUGGGGGACCAGGGCGUCAAGAUGGGGGACUUCAAGGCCGUCUAUGAGAACAUUCCCCUGUCUCCAGGCAUGCCUGACCUCUUCCAGUUCCUCUCCAAGAACCACGAGCUCUUUGAGAUCAUCCUCAUCUCCGACGCCAACAUGUUUGGCAUUGAGUGCAAACUGAGGGCGGCCGGUUUUUAUUCCCUCUUCCGUAAAAUCUUCAGCAACCCGUCCAGCUUUGACAAGAGGGGUUACUUCACCUUGGGGCCCUACCACAGCCACAAGUGCCUUGACUGCCCAGCCAAUAUGUGCAAACGCAAAAUCCUGACGGAGUACCUGGCCGAGAGAGCGCAGGAAGAGGUGGAGUUUGAGAGGGUAUUUUACGUUGGGGAUGGUGCCAAUGACUUCUGCCCUUCGGUGACUUUGACUUCAGCUGACGUUGCUUUCCCCCGGAAGGGCUACCCCAUGCACCAGAUGACCCAGGAGAUGGAGAAGAAGCAGCCUGGGGCUUUCCAGGCCACUGUUGUUCCCUGGGAGUCAGCUACCGAGGUUGCCCGCUAUCUGCAGGAGCUCCUCAAGAAGAAGUGCUGAGGAUGGAUGGCUCCAAAGAAGCUUGUUUACGAUAAACAGCUGGGAAGGGAGAAGGCUGGACGGUCAUGUCCUGCACCCCGUGUUUAUUUGGCACUGCUCACUUGGACUUUGAUUCCUGGAUUGCUUUCCUGCCUUCCUCUCCGAGCUCCUAUCUCCCCAGUGAUUGAAGCACUUUCUCUCCCCCUAGAUCCCUUUCUCUUCCCUCUGCCACACUGAGAUGAAGUCUUCUCUAUGCAGCUUAGAUGGCUUCUCUGCUGUCAGUGGUUGACAACACUAAUAGGAUGGUUUGUUUUUUUUCCCUUUUUGACUUCACAAGAGCAGUUCUUUACCAUCCAGAAGUCAGCUCUCCUGCAGGCUGAGCCCUGCGUGUGAUUCCUCUUGACUUCACCCCUCUCAUCUCCUGCCCAUCUCCACUCUCCAUGCAGGAUCCUCAUGCUGUUGCCUUCAACCCAGUGCUCCAAAGGCUCCUUGCCUCUCCAGGAAGCCACGAGAAAUUUGGUCUGGGCAGUUUGUGCUGCCCAGGCUCCCCAGCUCACCAUGCAUCCCACUCCUUGCUCAGCGGAUGAGCCUCACACAGGAAUUUAUUGUCCCUUUAGACUUUAUUUUCUGAAAAAAAAUCAUGAGAAAUCAAGGAAGCGUUUUGGAAGGUUGGUACCUUGCAAAAAUAAAAAGUGACCCUCCUUCAGUUCCCAUUGCCCUCACCCCAUUUUUUGGGGGGGAGGGGAGGCAGAACGGCCGCAUCCUGCUUGAGGAGAAAGACCUGACUUCACCUUCCUCUUCUUUCCCCAUCACUUCUCCUCCUGGGGCAGCAGCCCCCAUUCAUCCCCAGUGCAGACAGCUCAUCUCUAUGUCUUUACUGGGUCAUAUUGACUGCCCUGCAACCUCCUGCUCUGCUCCAGAGGUGCUGAAAUUCUCCUCCCCCUCCCCCCCAGUUGGAGAGAGGUGCUUUAGCACUUCUGGUAUCAGUUCCCCCAGAGGCCAAACCCUCUUACCCCACCACAGUGUUAAUUGCCCAUUCUAAUUGCACUCUGUAAAGGGGGGCUUGCAUUAUUUUGCUCUCUGGUGUUGGCUUUUCCCGGAUUUAUCCACAGCCUUAAAUGACCCCUGAGAGUGGCUUGUAACUACUCCAAAGCAUAGAAAUCCUGGCAACAAA